UUUGGUAGCUCUUCUUAUCUGCAUUGGCCAAUGAACUUUGGCACAAGCUCCAAGUAUUGCGACAUUGAUAUUUUGGCUCCGUACUGGUCGCUGAUUGACAGAMAAAAUUCGCAAGUUUUCUACCAUGUGUAUUCGACGCUGGAYAACACUGUAAAAUCUAAAAAUGUCCUUGAUCAAGCAACUUCCGAGGUUCAACAUCUAAAGCAUUACCAAUUACCAUCCAACUUUAAAGCUUCAUGGRUCUUAGUUGUAACAUGGGAUAAACUUCGUUACUCUACACUCAAUGCUGAUAAAUACAAUUUGAAUAAUACUUUCCAAGCGGUUCUGAUAACAGACGGUGUGUUUUCAUUCGCUAUGUACAACUAUCCCUCAAACGGAAUUCAGUGGUCAGCUCCAACGUCAAGGCAAAAUUGGAAGCUCUUUACAAAAGAUCGGGGGCUUCCGGUUGUUGGYUGGAAUGCAGCAGGAUGCAUCAYUAAARRCARAAUCCAGACACCUCUGAAUUAUUUCAGCGACAAAAGAUCUGGGACGGUUAAUAUUGGAGAUAUUGACGAUUUUAAAGGUGAGAGCGUGUACAGGAGUCGCCGCCAGAUAGACUCAGACUCAAAUGGUAUUCAAGGAAAAUGGUUCUUUGAAUUAUACAUDCCAUGGGGAGUUUCUAAGGSCGAGAGGAAUUGCAAAAGGUGGUUUAAAAGGCAACCAGAUCCAAGGCCGUUCCUGGAAUAUCUCGAACCAUGUCCUUGUACAUCUCGUCAAGCUUGGUUCGAUGAACGGUUCACUCCAAUUCCUGGAAUGCAAGGGUGGUGGGGAAGGUGGCGUUGGUGGUCCAACCCAAGGCCGUGUGCUCUUUCAACUUUUCCUUCCAUUGAUGGUUGGGAACAGAAAUGCUGCUAUUCUCAUGAAUCUGGACAGUGGGGAGCACUGCUUGUUGGUCAUCCKAACGGAGGCUACUCGCACAGAUACAGUAAAACCAGGAAGUCGGGAAGCCAUAUAARUAGUGAUGUCAUGGGCUACAAAUAUUGUUGUGUGGAUUCAAAUCUUUGCCAUCUUUUCUAUCAAAGAAGGCCUUCGGAUGACUGUAGGCUUUAYGAGCCGCCAGAAUGGAGUUGGAUGUGGGGCGAUCCACACUUCGUUACGUUGGACGGCAAAAACUACACUUUUAAUGGCCUUGGUGARUACGUUAUGAUCGAUGCUAAAAACGGAUUCUUUGAGCUCCAAUCAAGAACACGACUAGCGAAAGGAGAAGGAACAGCGACGAUAUUCUGCGCAGCUGUGAUGAAGGAGUACAAUUGCAGCACU